AUGAAUAUAUUUCUUUUGUAUGUCUUAACGAAUCCUGCCCUGAUUCGAUUAACCAUUAUGAGCAAAUAUAUUCAUUAAUUAAUACAAAUUUAGAGAGAAUAAACAAAACAAUUUAAAGAAAUCUACAAUGAUUUGAUAAACUGUUUUGAAUAGAUUUUCAAAAAAAUGGAUCAAAACAAUAAAAUAUUAGAGAGCAUGAAUCAAAAAUUUUAAAGCAAAGAAUACUUGUCCUUUAAGUCUUAAAUAUUUAUAUUGAAAUAGUACUACUCAAAGGAAAAUGAAAAAUAAAUAUGUAUUGAUUAUAUUUAUAUAUUAAAGAUGAAUAGAUAUCAUAAUUGAAUAAUAUUCUUCAUACAAUCAAAACUAUACUGAGAGAUUUAAUAAAAUGUUAUGAUCUAAUUAUUUCUGGAAAGUUGAAUAAAGCUAAAAUUGAAGAAAUAAAUAAGAUCAGUGAAGAGUAGAAUAAAUAAAAAAUAUAAGAAGCUAAAAGAUUAUUUGUUUAAGGUAAAAACAAUUUAAAUAAAAAUUAGGGUAAAAAUUAGUUAAAGAGGGUAAGUUAAAAGAAGCUUUGAUUAAAUUUGAUGAUUCAAUAAAAUAAUUUAAUAAGGAUUACAUUUUAUAUGUAUGGAAAGGUAGUUUUAUUAAUUUUUAAGAGUAUAGGAUUUGCAUUAGAUAGUUUAAAUCAUUUCGAGGAGGCAAUUUAGUGUUAUGACAAAGCUAUUGAAAUAAAUCCUAAUCAUGAUAAUGCGUGGAAUAACAAAGGUUGUAUAUGUUUAAUAUGUUUUAGGUUGGGCAUUAAAUUCCUUAAACAAAUUCUAAGAAGCUAUUUAAUGUUACGAUAAAGCUAUUGAAAUAAAUCCUAAUCACGAAUAUGCAUGGAAUAAUAAGGGUAUUUUAAUAUUAAACUAUAUUAUUUAGGCUUAGCACUAAACAACCUCAAUAGAUUUUAAGAGGCUAUUGAGUGUUUAGACAAAGCUAUAUUAAUUGAUUCUUAAGAUGAUUAUGCAUGGAAUAAUAAGGGUAAUACUUUAUUUUUCUUAAAUUGUUAUUUAGGUUUUGCAUUAAGGAAGUUAAAUAGAUUUUAAGAAGCUCUUGAAUGCUAUGAAAAAGCUAAUGAAAUUAAUCCUAAUCAUGAUAAUGCAUGGAUGAAUAAGGGUAGAAGAUUCUUAAAUAUAAUUAUUUAGGAUUUGCAUUAAAAAAAUUAAAUAGAUUCUAAGAGGCUGUUGAGUGUUAUGAUAAAGCUAUUUAAAUAAAUUCUAAAAAUGAUAUGGCUUGGAAUAACAAAGGUACUAAAAUGCUUAAAUUAUUGUUUAGGUUCAGUAUUAAAUAAUCUAAAUAAAUUCUAAGAAGCUAUUGAGUGUUUAGACUAAUCUAUUUAAAUAAAUUCUAAAAACAAUUAUGCAUUUGAAAAUAAAGGUUAUGCACUACAUCAAUUAAAAGAAUAUUAAAAGGCAAUAGAAUGUUAUAAUCAAGAUCUUUCUUUUCAUGUAAAGCCUGUGACUUUGAAACUAAAAGGUAAAAACAUCCUAUAAUAUCAGCUGAUGCAUUAUUUGAAUUAGGAAGGAAAUCAGAAGCAAAACAAUUUUAUCUAACUGCAUUGUAAAAAGGACACAAUGAGAAGGAUUAUAUAAAGAAACAACUAUCAAAAUUAUGA